GACAAUUUGACAUUCCGCAUCAGCUGUAUGCACAUCGUUAUACAUGUAUAUCAAACUGUGUACAUAUAAAUCUGUAAGGUUGAGUCAUUUUUCGCCAGAUAGUGAAAUUUAUGCGUAUUUUGUGUUCAAUAUUAAACAAGAUUGUAUCUCCUUUAAAAAUUAUAAUAACUUGGAAUAAAAAUGGAGCAAGAUGUUCUAAUCACGUUUCUACCGAAUGAGGUAAUCGAGGUAAUAUUGGAAAACGAGAAUCUCAGCUUUGUUGAUGUUGUCAAUUUCGCCAGGACCUGUAAACACCUACACAGAACAGUGUUUUUUAGCAACAAGUUAUGGAGAAUCAAAUUUUUCCAAAGGUGGCCCCUCUUGAAGGAAGCUUACGAAAAUUAUGAAAAGCACGAAACGAAAAUAAAAACCUGGUUGGGUGAAAUAAAGUCGAGCAUUGCUACGAGAAAGGAACUGAUGCGACGUUUGUCUGAAAUGUCAGCAAAAAAUUACAGAAAACAAGAGCUUUCACAUUCAGAAUUAAAGGACUUUGAUCCUCUUUUCCGUCCAGAUGAAGGCUCUCAUCCUCUCGCAUAUCACUUUUGCGUCGACGAAUUAACUGACCUGAUAAAAAAACCCGACCUGAACAGUAAUUUAACUGAUAAAUAUUACGCGCACAAAGUAGCGCGCUACAUGCGACAGCAUUGUUUAACCGAAGAGUGGCAGAAAUUUACAAAUUUACCACCAAAGGAGCAAAUAUUGGAACGUGGCGCUGUUCUUGUUGCACAAUGGAGUCAACCUGAAAAGAAUGUUAAUUAUUCAUGCGUCUCUUCGCAAUUAGAUGAAAUUGCCGAGAGAACGAAAUCAGUGUUAAAAGAACAACAUCCAACACAUCCAUUAUUUUCCCUUCCACCCGAGCAAUUUCGUCUCUGGAGGACGAAAAAUAUCGACGAUAAUCAAUGGUCCGGAACGAGAACGCGACAGGUGAUAGCGGCGCUUCGUGAAAUAAUGUUCAAUAGACUUGGAUUUCAAGGCGACAGCGAAGUGUAUUGCACAUCGGAAAUGUAUUACUCAUCGGAAAAUUCCUUCAUUGAUCAAGUUUUAGAGAGAAAACACGGAAUUCCGAUUACAAUUGCCAUUAUUUUUGAGAGCGUUGCAAGAAGAGUUGGCGUUCGAUGUGAACCCGUUAGUUCGCCGGCUCACUUCUUUCUUCGAUGGAAGGAAAAAUACAUUAUUCCAGAAACGGAGGAUGUGGAAGUUUUCUAUAUCGACGUAUUCACGGGGCAAUUUUUAACGAAAAAUAAUUGUCCCCGCAUUGGACGACUAUCGAUGUACCCUAUAGAAUGUUACAAUUCUCUCAAUGCCGCAACUGCAGUGGAGGUUGUGCAAAGAAUGGCGAAUAAUUUAGAAGUCGCUGCCAGACAGUGUAGGUACUUAAACGGAAGGGCAUCACGACUUCGAUCCGCUUUAGAACUGAUGCACAUGGUUCGACCUUACGAUAAUGCAACAAUUUUAGAUCUAGCUCGUUUUUACAUGCUUCACCAAAUGGAUCUGGCGAAGUUAGUCGAUGUUUUGAACCGAAUACAGGAGGGUUCAGAACUUUCAUCAAGAGGACCAGCAUGCAGUAUUUUAAGAAUGUUACAAGACUAUGAAAAUCACAUGAAUGUUGUGCGAGAAGAAAUUGUCGAUGUAAAAAUAAGGAAACCGGAAGUAAAAUAUGCGGUAGGGAUGAUAAUGAAGCAUCGAAGGUACGAAUACACGUGCGUAAUAACUGGAUGGGACGCUCGAUGCGAAGCGUCACUCGAGUGGAUGAAUGAGAUGGGAGUUGAGGAAUUAUCAGGCGGCUCUCAUCAACCAUUUUAUAAUGUUUUUGCUGAUGACGGCUCCUCUCGCUACGUGGCUCAAGAAAAUUUGUUAAUUCUCGCCACACCUCAAUGGAUAAACAACUUUGAGAUUGGAAGGUAUUUCUGUGAAUUCAAUGGAACUCAUUAUACACCAAACGUGGAAAAAGCCGCGGAAUAUCCGGAGGAUGCGGAAGUUAGAAAUAGUUUGAUAACAACCUGAGUCUCUAAAGUAAACUACAAGCAGAAAAUUCCAUCAAGUUUGAAAUUACACGUCUACUAUAAUAUAAAAGUCUUGCAUUCUCAAAAUGAAAAAAAAUGAAAAAUAUCACUUAUUGAAAAAAAACAAUAUACAUUUCCAAUAAUUCGAUUUUGUAAAAGAUUUUUGAUCAAAUUUUACUGCUUUUUGUAAAAGUUGGAAUGUUGCACUGAAUUAUUCUAAGAAUAUUCAUAGUCAUUUGUACAUAGUUUUUAUUUAGUGAUAAAACAUUGAUAUAAUAUAUAUAUCGAAAAAAAUACGUGAUUUUCAAAUCACUGAAAAUUUAAUUUAAUAAGUAUUACUUUUUAUUUUUUUUGUGAAAAUAAUUCAAAAUAGCAAUAACAGUUGCAUAAUAUUAUUUAAUUAUUUUAAUUAUAGUUUAAAUGAAAAAUCUAA